UCUUAAGGAAGCAUCUAAGUGGAUUAAACACACUCUUAACUCGCGACCCACGAGGCUCAUUUUCCCUGCAGGCCUCACCACAAACAGUCCAGGCUUUGCCCGGAAAAGCGCCCGGAGCCCUGGCCUCCCCCGCGUCGCUCGCCUAGCGGCUGUGGCUCUAUCCAUCCCUGACCUCACGGACGCGGCAGGGCGGCGGCCGGGCAACCUUGACCCCUCACCCCGGCUUGGUCCUAAGUCAGGCCCUCCGGCCGCGGGUGAAUCCCGGUGCUCCGGUUCCUCAGCCUCCCUGACAGCACGUGCUCACGCGAACGCCGGGACUCCGGGACCGUCAGAAAACGGCGCCCGGCUCGCUCGGCCGAGGGACGGUCAGAGCUGACCAAUCAGCGCGCGGCGAGGGGCCGCGGGGCCGCCUUCGGGGCGCGCAUGCGCACUGUCCCGGCUCGGGCGAUGAGCGGCGCCCGGGCCUUGGGCCGCGUCCGGGGCGGCUGGCGGCGAUGGACAGGGGCGCGCGCGGCGACCCGGGAUGCAGGCUUUGGCGCCAAGGCCCGGUCGCGGCCGCCUGGGGACCAGCCUUUCCCGGGCCUGCUGCCGUCCGAGACCCUCAGCCGGGAGCAGCUGGUGGACGUGCUGAGGGCGGCCGUGGUGGACCGGAAAGGACCUCUGGUGACACUCAACAAGCCACAGGGUCUGCCGGUGACAGGAAAACCAGGAGAGCUGACAUUGCACUCGGUGCUGCCAGAGCUGAGCAGGUCCCUGGGGCUUGGGGAGUCGGAAUUCCAGGUCGUCCAAGCGCCUGGGAAGGAGAUCUCUGGGCUUGUACUCCUCUCCAGCUGUGCCCAGACAGCAAGCCGCCUGCACGAGUUCUUCACGCACUCACGGAGAGCCCACAGACCCACAGCCACCUACUGGGCCGUCACUGAUGGGAUCCCAGCCACACCCGAGGGAGAGAUCCAGGCAGCGCUGAAGCUGGAGCGCGCUGACGGGGUUGAUCUCGUGAGUGAGCACGUGGGCAGCGAGGAGGGGUCCUUCGAGAUGUCUUGCACUGACAAGCAGGCAGGGAAGAGGAGGGGUCCCCCCAGGUGUAUCACAGAGGAGGCGUCCCCCCAGGUGUACCACACAGGGAAGAGGGGGCCCCAGGUGUAUCACACUCACAGGGAAGAGGGGGGCCCCAGGUGGAUCACACAGGGAAGAGGGGGGCCCCAGGUGGAUCACACUCACAGGGAAGAGGGGGGCCCAAGGUGUAUCACACUCACAGGGAAGAGGGGGACCCCAGGUGGAUCACACAGGGAAGAGGGGGGCCCCCAGGUGUAUCACACUCACAGGGAAGAGGGGGGCCCCAGGUGUAUCACACAGGGAGGAGGGGGGCCCCCAGGUGGAUCACACUCACAGGGAAGAGGGGGGCCCAAGGUGUAUCACACUCACAGGGAAGAGGGGGACCCCAGGUGGAUCACACAGGGAAGAGGGGGGCCCCCAGGUGUAUCACACUCACAGGGAAGAGGGGGCCCCCAGGUGUAUCACACUCACAGGGAAGAGGGGGGCCCCCAGGUGUAUCACACUCACAGGGAAGAGGGGGGCCCCCAGGUGUAUCACACAGGGAAGAGGGGGGGCCCCCAGGUGUAUCACACUCACAGGGAAGAGGGGGGCCCCCAGGUGUAUCACACAGGGAAGAGGGUCCUUCCCGUGAAGCCCCCAUCCCGGAGGGACGUCCUGGCAAGUGUCAAGAGGACCCUCAGCCACUUCCGCGUGGUGGCCACAGGCUCUGGCUGUGCCCUCGUCCAGCUGCAGCCUCUGACAGGCUUCCCCAGGCAGCUGCAGGUGCACAUGACGCUCCAGCUCUGCCCUGUGCUCGGGGACCACGUGCACUCGGCCCGCGUGGGCACCGUCCUAGGCCAGCGCUUUCUGCUGCCAGCUGAGAGCACCAAGCCCCAGACACAGGCUGCCCAGCUGCCUCUGCACCUGCACCUACGCCGUCUCCUCCUCCCGGGCACAAGGCCUGGGGAUGCCCCCACCCAGCUUCUGGCCCCCCCGCCGCCCUAUUUCUCUAGGACGCUGCAGUGCCUGGGGCUCUGCCAGCAGCAGUCCCUCCUCUGCUCCUGA